UGUGCUUCGUUGCUCUCUCGCUUCUUUCUUGUUGUUCUUCUUGUCGUGCCUCUCUCAGUCAGCCUUGUUGCUCUCUGCCUGUGCUCACUGCCAUCAUUACAUUCUCCUGGCACUCUCUGCUUGUUUUGUUUUGCCACCGCAUCGCUCCGACCGCCACUUGUCCACCACACCUCCUCGCCCUCUCCCUUCUCCCCCGCAGCUCAGCUUCCAACCCUCGCCAUGUCCAGCCCCAACGCUCUUGAGUGGACCCUCGGUCUCAAGAACCGUGCCACCGGCAAGUACCUCACCCAGGAGGCCUUUGGCAACGCCGUCAACGUCAACGGUGGCUCCCUGCGCCAGAAGCAGACAUGGACCCUCAUCUCUGCUGAGGAUGGCAGCGUGCACCUGCGCUCGUACCUGGGCAAGUACCUGUACGGCGACAACGACGGCAACGUCAAGUGCGACGCCGAGUCCCCCUCCGCCGACACCCAGUGGACCAUCCAGCCCCAGCCAGAUGGCACAUGGGCCCUCAUCUCCGCCAAGAACUACUACUUCCACGGCACCGGCACCAACAUCAGCGCCUUCCUCGAGGCCAAGGAGGGUGUUGCCGCGCCUGGCGACGGCCUUUGGGUGGUCCACCUCGCCAUGCACCCGCAAAUCAACCUGUACAACUCCAUGCGCAAGCGCUACGUCCACCUCUCUGGCGACGAGCUCCACUGCGACGAGGACAUCCCAUGGGGCGACGAUGCCCUGCUCAACCUCAUCUUCUUCGACGACCACCCGGAUGGCCGCUACGGCAUCCAGUCGUGCAACGGCAAGUUCCUCGAGAACAGCGGCCGCCUCGUCGACCAGCCCAACGCCAACUGCCAGUUCCUCCUCGGCUUCCACGACAACCAGGUCUCCUUCCUCGACUCUGACGGCAAGUUUCUGUCCUGCGUUGGCGGCUCUGGCGUGCUGAAGACCAACAAGCAGAAGGUGACCAAGGACGAGCUGUUUGUCAUCCAGGACUCGCAGCCCCAGUUCAUCAUCACAGACAACCGCGGCAAGUUUGUCUCUGUGCGCAACGGCUUUGAGGUCAAGGCCGACCAGCGCGAGGUGACCGACUUUGAGCGUUUCCAGAUGGAGAUCACCUCCGAGGGCAACGUCUUCCUUCGCUCCAACAAGCUCAAGUACUGGACCGUUCGGCCAGACGGCACCAUCGGCGCCGAGUCUGACUCGCCCAACGCCGACUGCACCUUCACCGUCGACUACUCUGCCGGCAACCGUGUGCGCUUCAUUGCGCAGAACGGCAACCCGGUGUACGUGAAGCCCUCUGGUGCCCUCAUGGCCAACGCUGGCGGCGACCCCGAGACCACCCUCUUCACCCUCACCAUCAUCAACCGCCCAACGCUCCUCCUCCGCGGCCAGUACGGCUUUGUUGCCCUCAAGGGCGCCUCGGGCCGUGUUGAGUGCAACCGCGCCACGGGCAACCUGUUUGUCCUGGAGAACAAGGACGGCUUCUACCACCUCAAGACACAGGACGGCAAGUACUGGGGUGUCGAUGUUGACGGUGUCACCGCCAACAGCUCCGCCCCCACAGACUUUGUGUUUGAGUUUGUGCGCCCCACACACGCCCUCAUCAAGCACGUGGAGUCGGGCAAGUACCUCCAGGGCCAGCAAAACGGCGGCUUCAAGGCCGAGGGUACCUCUGCUGGUGUCAACACUCUGUGGGAGUAUUAAGCAGGGUGUCCCUCCCUGUUGUCGUUGUUCGUUUGUGCUUGUCGUCGCAACGCGUAUGUCAUUUUCUUCCUCCUUGUCGUGGGUUCUGGCCCUCUCUCUGUGUUCGUUGGUGGCUCACCCUUCACCGUCGCCCUCGCUUGCUUGCGUGAGUGUGUGCGUGGGCUGGAGGCGAAGCCUUGACUUGAGUCUUUUGAGUUAUGGCCGUGUCGAUUGUGGUUCGUGUAUGUGGGUGGGUGUAUCUGCUGGGGGUGUCUGUGUGUGUGUGUGUACGUAGUUGUUGUUGCUGCGUGUGAACGGGGACGCAUGGUGGAAUGGCCCCUUCUCGGACCCUUCACAUGUGCUCGCCGCCACGUGUGGUCUUAUGUUACACACCGCGAUCGUCUUUGAGCUGAGUUGUUCUGUUUUUGCUGUUGGUUCGUGGGUGUGCCAUCCUCCAGCCCUUCCAGUCCUCGCCUCUUCCUCUUCUUCUUCUUCUUCUUCUUCUUCUUCUUCUUCUGUGCUUUCUGGGUUGACCUCUUCCAAGCAACACCUUCCCCUUUCAACCGAACGAACGUGACAAGCGAAAGCGUGCCAUCAACCGAUCGAGCGGGGUGGAG